AUUCAUGGUAUACAUCACUAAGAACAGUUCUCAAAUGGAUUGCUGCCAGUUCAGCAUCUUAUUCUCGUGAAGCACUUUGAUAAUCAACAUGGGGAUUGCAACCCUGGAAACUUAGGAUGGUUUCAGGAUGAUCAACAAACCUCCAGCUUCUGUUCCUAGGCUUGAUUCUUGCAGGAGUAUGACGAGACAAGAGACUUUGAAUUUCUGGAGGCAAAAACUGAUCGUCCAAGAACAUAACCUCAUUGAUGCAUUCAAGGCUGCUGCAAAUACCAUGGCCCUCCAUCUCACCUGCAGGAGACUGAGUACAAGCAAUUCGAGGAGUUGUGGAAGGAUGAUGAUUGUGGUGGUAUAGAGAGAUCCCUCUUAAGUCUUUUAGAAGUGAGGACAACAACACUGCAUCACUCCUGGGACUGGUUAGUCAGUCUCAAAGUUUCUCAUUAUUGUCAAUUGUUUCUGCCAGUGAAUAGAAACAAAAUUAAAGAGCAUUUUUCUAGAUCACAACUUUCUUAGAAACUGAAAGAUAUUUGUGCCUAAGGUUGUAAAUCUGUUAAAGUUUCCCAUGAAGCGAAUGGGUUGCGUCCUUGUAGCUGCUGCCAUUUAUAUGUUGAGUCCUGACAAUUAUACAUCUACAGUUAAUAAUACUCGCUUAUGAUUCAUGGUAUACAUCACUAAGAACAGUUCACAAUAAAAAUCGUAAUUAUAGAAAAUAUAAUAGCAGGACACAACUAGAGUCACUGUAGCAUAUUUUAUCUUUUAGCAGCUUGCAUCUCUUUGCUUUUCCUACUUGUUCAAUUGGAACUAAAUACUUUCCAUUUAGUUAGCUUUUACUCUCUUAGCUGUACUCUUUCAGAGAAACCGUGUUCUCUCCUUUCUCGCCUACUGGUCAUGUUCUCUUUUCUCUCUCCUGCUGGCCACGUUGUACAAAAAUCAGACGAAACCAAAGCGCCAGCUCUCGAGGCACUGCCACUGCUUUCUGGGAUCUUACUUUCUUCAAAAUGGAAGGAAAUGCUGGACAGGAUUUGUGAGAAUCUGCCCAGGAAAGUGUAGCUGCUUAGUGAAGAGAGUCCAGACGAAGCUCUCCGAUGGUAGGAUUGUUUGGAGGGGAAGUUAUCUUAGAUUCUGAGAGGCGCUGGCAAAAAGUGAAUUCAUGAGCAUUGGGGAAAUGGGUUGGGAGGGAAAGGGGAGGAUGAAGCAGAGGGAGAGAAAGGGAACGGCAGUGAAGCUCCUCCAACCAUGCUAGCGUUGACAGGUGAUUCUCAAGCUGCGGCAAGCUGCGGCAAGCUGCCAGACAAGUCUAGGAAGGAAGCUGUUUAUCGGCGGUGACAAGCUGGUGGUGGACUGGUGGUAGCAGGGACAGGGGAUGCUGGUGGUAACCGCGGAGCAGUGGGGUUGAGACGAUUGUGAAUCCACAUAUACUGUGAGGUAUCAAAGGUUUUGCGAAUUUCGGAGAGUGGUCCAAAGCAGUAAUGUUGUAGGAUUGAAGAGCAGCAGUGGCUGGCAUUGGGGGUAAAGCUGGAGUGCUAGAAGCAGAAUGGGAUUUGCCCGACCAGUGGUGGAGUAGAAGCCCUCUAAGAAGGCUGGUGUGGGGGAUGAGCCAGGGAGGAGAAUGAUGGAAGUCAUGAGCUUAAUGCACCUAUUUGGGGAGCUCAACAAUAAUUUCUUUACCGCUUUCAAGAGUGCUCAUGAAGUUUCCAAGACGCUGGGGGCCACUAGAUUGCAUCAUCACUCCAAUUCCCCAAUGAUUCUCAGGGUAAAGGUUUAACUUUCUGUGGAACCAGCAGAGUAAUUUCCACAAUCGCAAACUCUCAGAUUAGUUCUUUCGAACUCUUUUGAUAUUUUGUCUUUCUACUUUCUGUGUUCUUUGUAAAAAUUAGAGCUUUUAAUGUUAAUUCUCAUUUCCUUUUAGCAAUUUGGAAGCUGAUACCUCUGCCAUUGGACUAGUUUAUUGUCAAGCUAAUUUUGAUGAAUAGCAUCGGUUCAGUGCAUUAGUCUUGGUGAGUUUAUUCUCAUUUCCGUUCUCUUCCUAGCAGCAGCAUACAACCAGUAUAUCUUGUGGUGUAAGAAUGUAACUCGAAUGAUUUGCUCUAAUUGUGAAUUGCUCUUAAUGAGUGUAAACCUGAAUUGAUUUGCUAUUAAUGAAUGUAUGAAUGUAACUUGAUGCAGGGGUCUACAGUCUUCUCGAUUUUUUGCUUUCAAAUUGCUGGCUGUUCUAGGGUUACUUCAUUAUAUGUUGCUUUACCUCAUGUUACCUUAACUGCUUCUAUGGGGAUUGGAUGCUGCAGGGACUAACUUGAAGCCCAAGAUCAUUCUGGUGAGCUCCAUUUCUAAUGCUCUCAAGGUAAUCUUGCAACUGAACUGUGAGCCGUCAUUCUCCAGUUUAUUAUUCUAGCUCUGAUUGUUUUCCUAAUGUACCAUAAGGUUUCAAAUAUGAAUUACGUCUAAUUUGAAUGAAGAACUUGGUCAUCAUUAGUGAAACAACGUUUGGCAACAAUGGUUCCUCUCCUAUGCACAAAAAACCUCGAUAGGAAAGGGAUUCAUACACCACUCUACAAAGGAUCAUUUAGUAAGAAAAUGAUUAUUUAGUGUUGAUGAUAGCGACGAGGAUGAAUCUAAAACCCUUUCUAAAAGCACGGAGUAAGUUUACGUUACAUAUUGAUCUAUUAAAUUGGUAAUGUGUGUUUGUUUUCAUAUGUAGAUUUAAUUUUAACUCUGAGUUGUAGGUCAUGAAAGUGGAGGGCCUAGAAGAAUUUAUAGAAUCUGCAAAAUACAGUUGAAGACUUGUUUUAUGUUGUUAUUAAAGAGAAGACUGGAGACACAAAAUGAGACAAGUAAGAGAAUUAUUUCAUUUUUUAAAGUAAUAUAUGUGGUCGAUCACGUCGUCUUGAAUAGGUCGGCCUUGUCUCUGAAUAGGUCGAUUGAUAUUGUGCAGGUCAUAAUUGACAUUUCUGUUAUUUUGCAUUUUGCAGUUUGGUCGCUAUUGAAUUUGUUCACGAAAACGUACAAUGACAAUAUUUGAGUUUGCUCAUUAGCGAGAGUAGCUGGAUAUGUUCAUCCGUAAGUACUAUACUGCUACGACUUUAGAAUGAAUUGUGCAUUAUUUUUGUUAUGAUUUAAGAGGAUUUUGUGGUUGAUUGUUGGUUUGUAGGUAGUGGAUUUGUGUGCAAAAGCACUAACAAUAUGUGAAAAAUAUGAUAAAGAUCCAGAUGUGUG